CUUGAAUCUUCAAUCUUCGAUCGCACGUCGCAACAUCACAAAACACGUCACCCUAACCGACGUUUCCUGUCGAAAGAUACGAAAUAAACCACUGCGUAGCAAGCGCAAGAGGUCUCCCAUCGAAAUCUACAUCCUCACCUCAUCCAUCUCUACCUGCUCGACCACCACCUUCCUCUACACCGGCAUUUAAACCAGCCUACAAUGCUGGACGCGGUGCACCAUCCUCAUCGUUCACUGGCUUCGCGCCUAGAUCCGUAGCCGCAGCGGCGCCCCAACCAGCCUACCACCCAUAUCCACAACCAGCAUACCCUCAACAAGCUUACAGCGGAUACUCUGCACAACAACAGCCAGAAGCAGCCUAUGGCGCCGCACCACAAAUUCGCAACCCAUUUGCACCUCCUAGUCAGACUGCCGGCGCAGCAGGAAGAGGUUACGAGGAGGAUCCUGAAAUGGCAGCGCAGAUCGCACAAUGGCAAUCGGCAUAUGCGGGUAAAGACACCUCGACAGCUUCUUCUGGUGGCUAUACUGGAAUUGUCAGAAGAUAUCCAGCUGGUGAGACAUCAGGUGCUGCAACGUCGGCGAAUGCUGCUCCAUUAGGCGGAAGGGCUGAUGGACCCAGCAUGAGCAAUGCAGCUAUGACGAGCGCAGCCCACAACGACACAGGUGUAGCCACAGUUGUCAAUGAUGCUAAGACCAAUACAAAGACCGUCGUUCGUUCUGGCGGUGGAACCACUUGGACCGACUCCUCACUCCUUGAAUGGGAUCCAGCUCAUUACCGGCUCUUCGUAGGAAAUCUUGCUGGCGAAGUCACGGAUGAGUCACUCCAAAAGGCAUUUGCACGCUGGCCAUCUGUUCAAAAGGCUCGUGUUAUCCGGGAUAAGAGAACCACCAAGAGCAAAGGAUACGGAUUCGUGAGUUUCAGCGAUGGAGAUGACUUUUUCCAGGCUGCGAGGGAUAUGCAGGGCAAGUAUAUCGGAAGUCAUCCAGUUCUCUUGAGAAGAAGCACAACGGAAAUCAAGGCCGUCACGCCGAAGGAUCAGAGAAAGGGGAAGAACAAGGGGAAGAAUAAUGGCAAGGGUGAGAAGGACAAGACUGGUGCUGGAGUUCAGAAGGCAGGCAGCAAGACGAAGGGCGGUUUGAGAGUGUUGGGAUGAACUUCGCUGCUGUACAAAAUGUUUACGAUUCCCAAGGCGAAGCGAGGUUUACUGGCGUUAUGGCAAGGAUUAUUCCGGAGCGAGCUUUUGAUCUCCGUGAAUUAUGACGAAUGGGUAGGAUGAAUUCUGCUUGGUGGACUCUUUCCUUCGAAGAAACCGGCUCUAGAGAUAAAUAUCAGCAGUUUAUAAUUCAAGAAGAGAAUCAUUUGCAUGCGGUAUACGCC